AGGAUUUAUAGAGGGCUCUCUGCCAAGUAACUUGACCUAUAUAACUUUAAAUUUUGACCACCCCAACCCUCUACACCACUACCCAAAUUUCUACAAAUCGAGUAUAAACAGCGCCGUGCUUUUUAAGUAUGUACCAUGUCCAUACUACAAACGCUUGAUUUUUCUCUCCGUGUGUGUGGCGGGCGAAAAUGAUGCGUAUCGAGUUCCCUCACUCCGCCGUCCAAAGGUUGAAAAAACUAUUCAUGUAUUUUCACUUGAUAUAUGUAAUUGCAAUAUAUAAGCACAAUACCUUAGGUGCCAUUUUUUUCAUAAAAUAUAUGUAUUAAACUAUAAGUGGUGCAAAUUUCAAUUAAAAAUAUUAAUAAUUAACUUGUCAGGAAUUUUCAGAGGAAAAAAAACUAACUGCGUUGACGCUGCUGACAUACGCCGCAAAAAGUUCUAAGGGAUCCCCUAUAGACCCAAAACCCUCUGUAAAGGGUCGUUUAAGAUUUGCAGAUCAUCAACAUAAUACAUAUACUUAGAAUAUUGAAGAGAACUCCUCAAAUCAUUUGUAAAGACUGUGAACAAAAAAGGACCCAAUACCGAACCCUGAGGGACACCUGUUCCAACAGGACCCCACUCAGAUCCCUCACCAUGAGGACCAUAAACAGAUUGCCUUCUGCAAGACAAUUGCUGUUUAUGGGCCGGGAUUAUCCGAAAGGUUAUGAGUUUUUUCGAGCAAACUUACAAAAAGCCUUUAGAAAGAAUAGAGACGAGCAGAAUUCAGAGAAAAUCGACAAAAUGCUUGCACAUGGAGAGUUUGUGAAAAAAGAACUUGAGACACUCUAUAUGCUUCGAAAAUAUCGAACUUUGAAGAAAAUAUAUUAUGACUCUUAGAAUAUUUUGUAAAUUUGAAAAUGAUCAGUAAUUUAAGCUGUACUGUACUAUAUAAUACGAAUUGUAGAUACAUUUUCAACGUGAAGAAGUUCUUGGGAAUGAAACCGAGAAAUUCCCGGGAGUCACUCUCAAAAAAUUCUCGGGACUCUCCCGGGUGUAAAAAAACAAAUGAAGACACAAAAUUUUUUUUCACUCCUAGGAAAUUCUCUGGAGAUUCCAGAGAAAUUUGCGGGAACUUUUUCACGUGGGUUAUAAUAUUUUCUACUUAAACAAAUAAAUAUUUUCUUGUUAA